UUAGUGCGAGAUGAAAAUUUGCGUUGGCAGCGCUGAUCUGCAGAAAGCAAUAGAAACUACAUGAUCAGUGAAAUCAUAAUGUUAAAAUUUUUCCGAAAAUCAAAUGGCUGAUACGUUUUUUGAUUUCGACACAACGCUCAAGAAUGGGGACGAUUUGCUACCACCGGACGAGGACGAGAUGCUGGACAAUGAGGAGGAGUAUGAUGCCCUCAAUGAUGAGACAUUCGGGGGUUUGGGCGACGCAUCCAGCCUCGACGAUUGGGAGCAACAGCACGAGCAGUUCGCCGAAUUCGCUGAGAUCAAGAAGCAAAACGAGCAAAUAGAGAAUUCAAUUUCACAGGUGCUUGAGGACGACUGGAAUAGGGUGCUGAACGAUAAAUCUGUUUGGGCGUAUCCUAGCAAGAAUGGUGAUAGCUUGGGACUCUCUGAUAGUAUACUGACGUCUUUGGAGAAGGUCUCCAAGUCAUUUCUGGAUUUGAUAAAUGAACCGAAAAAACCGGUUGCAACGCAGCAGCCUAGUUCCAGCAACAGCAGCACAAGUGGUGAGCAAUCAAGUAAAAUUUGUACUGUCGAGGAGCUGGAAAAGAACCUAAUUUUGUCGUCUAAACAUGUACCAACCCCUCAACAACAACAAUCUCAAAAUGUCCCAAGACAUUUCGCUUUUGGACAAGUACGACCAGAUGGUUUCUUUAACCAAGGUUUACCAGCUUUGGGCCAGUUGCCACAGAGACCACCACCUGGACUGGCACCUAUGGGGAUGGCGCCGCCACCUGGCUUGCGACCAAUCGGCCCGCCACAACAUCAGGCUCCUCAGAGAAUGGAGCUGAGGGGACCGCAUCCUCAUAUGCAUAUGCCCCCUCCGCCGCCCGGCAUGGUGCGGCUGCCGCCACCUCAGGGGCCACCAUUUGUUGGCCCGAACGGCAUGCCGAUGAUGCCGCCACGGGGUCUUAUGUAUCCAGCGAUGUACAUGCCGGGGAUGCGUCCACCGCCACCAGGCCACAGGCCACAGCAGCCCUACUUUCACCACCACCACCACCAGCAGCAACAGCACUCGCCCCAGAAUCGCCAGCGUCACGACUCAAAUUCGGGCAGUUCCGGCUUCAACCGACAUUCGUCGCCUCACCCGCAACAACAGCACCACCACCACCCCCAUCACCAGCAGCCGCAGGAGCAGCGUGAUGAGUACGCGGGCCUGAUGACGCAUCGCGAGAAGCAGUGGCUCCUGACGAUACAGAUGCUGCAGCUGAACACGGGCACGCCCUAUUUCGACGAUUAUUAUUACACCGUGUUUAAAGAGAGGAAGAAGAAGAACAGACAGGAGGAGGCGGCGGCACAGGAGCGUCGCUACCAACAGCAGAGACGCGAUCAGCGCGGCGGCAACGGCGAACGUCAGGAGACCACGCUGACGCCUCGCGUUUACACGCCUCUGCAGUUUGAGAACUCUUUGGGGAAAUUGCAGUGUGGUUCAGUAACAGCACCGAGAAAAAUAAUCGACAUGGACAUAGUGACGCCAGAUAAGGACGGCGACACGACCCAGACGCCGCGAGACACGCGGAAGAUCAAACAGCUGUUACUUGAACUGGAGGUCAUGUAUUGCAUACUGUUAAAGGCUGAAGAUCUGCACAAUCCAUUGGCCAUCAGCAACAUGGACAAAUUACGUGAGAUUAAACAGAAGCAGCGACUGAGGGAGUUGGACUUGGCUCCAACUGCUGAACAAAAACAAGAAAUUUUACGUAUUUUUAAACAAGAAAGUGAACCGGUCGUCGAGAAUCAGACUGACUACAUUUGGAAGAUUGUUAAUGGUUUGUUGCACGACGACAAAUUGGCCAACUUUAUGACCAUUAGAAAAGGAAAGAUGCUGCUACUGAGAACCUUACCGCAUUUGACCCCAGACGUGUUCUCACAACAACUCCUGGAGAUUUGGACGAGGAUUUUGGCCAGUUUACCAAUAACCGGACGCAGAGAUCAAUCAGGGGACAAUAUUUUCCCCAAGUUUCAACCGUUUUUCAAGACGUUCGCCAGAAACAUCACAAUGUCGAAUAUUUUAGACAUAGUAACAGGUCUAGUGGAGGUGAUAAAGCAAGAAAACAGCAGGAGCACACCUUUAAGUCACCAGGGAAAGCCACCACUUUACUUCGUUCUCCUCAACAAGUUUGGUGUUUCCGCCUUGGUGAUUCUGUUCAUAAGAACGGAGUACCUUAUAUCAACUGACGCUGCGACAGACAAGCAACAAAACGACUGGUCUAACUUCCUGGUGAGCUGGUCAGAGCAAUCAGGAUUGGUGGCCAAAGUGGCGACGCCCCUGGAGCCGAUUCCCUCGCAAAUCUUCACCAAACAUUGCAACCGUUUCGACGUGCUGACCGCUGACAAAGUGGCGUUGCUCGCCAAGCAUUUCGUGGACAACUAAAUUUGAUUUUAACAUUGUUUAUUGUUUUUUUUAUUGUAAGCUUGAUUUUCCCGUCGACGAGCGUAAUUUUUACAGAUAUUUUUUUUUAGUACAGUUCCUGCGCGAUUCAAUUAAUUGUGACACAUGUGACGUACCCGUUUUAAUUACUUUUAGAUGUGUAGAAUUAAAUGGAUUUUAUUCACUAGACAGUGUAAAUAGCGAACUCCGACAUAUUUUGAUAAUACUUGUUGUAAUUUUGUUGUUAAUGGAGAAAUUAUUUUUCGAUACGUUUUGUAAAGUUUAAUUAUUAUUAUUUUUUGUAUUAUUACUUUUUUGUACAAAUUUCUGAACCAAUUGGUAUAUUUUUAUCAUGAAUAGUGUCUGAAAAAAUUUUCCUCAUGCAAAAUAUAUGUUGAAAGAUUGCAUCAGGUCAAGCAAGGUGUUUUAGCAUUAACUCUAUUAAGUAAUUGAUUUAUUUAUUGCAUGCGGUGUGUGGAUGCACGAUUCUUUAACGCCAAAACAUCUUGUCCAGCAAUGCGUUGAAUAAUUGUAAUUAAUUAUUAUAGUUUUGUUUUAUUUAAAGAUAUCUAUAAAUAUGUUUCAAGGAUAUCGUCGAUUGUAUUUUUAAUUAAAAACUUAAGCUUUUUAAAUGAUAGAUAGACAAUUAUUAUGUCAAACAAUAUAUAUGUUAAUAAAAAAUGUUUGACCAUC